UUGCAAGAUGAAGGCUGCCAUCUCACUGCUGGUGCUGCUGCUCUCCAUGUGUGGAGUUCAGACAGAGAGCCACGGCACUGACUUCUCUACUGAGCUGAAGGAACUCAGACACAUGGCGGUGGAGCUGAGAGCAGAUAAUGUAGCUGUGAAAGAAAGGCUGGCAGCCAGUGAGAGUAAGGUGGAAGCUCUGGAGGAUGAAAAUAAAGCAGUGAAAGAAAGACUGGCAGCCAGUGAGAGUAAGGUGGAGGCUCUGGAGAGGGCGCUACAGGACACCAAAACAGAAAUGAAGACGGAGGUGGCAGCCAAUGAGACGGCCGUGGAGAAGGAGAUCAGAGCAGCACCCAAGGUGGCCUUCUCAGCAGGUCUGGGCAGAGGGUUCACAACGGCUGGGAGUAAUCACAUGGACUUAGUGUUCAGUAGAGUCAUCACCAAUGUAGGAGAGGCCUACAGCAACACAACUGGCUUCUUCACAUCUCCAGUCAGGGGGGUCUACUACUUCAGGUUCACUGUUAUGGAUUCUGUAAAAUCAUACAGAAUGGGUAUCAGGAUGCAUAAGAAUGGAGAGAAGCUCAUGUGGCAUAGUGAGUAUGGCACUGAUGAACAUAAUAUCUAUCUGUCCGGUGGCCUGACUCUGCAGCUGGAGAUGGGAGACACAGUAAACAUGGCGCUAGAAAGAGGACGCAGGCUCUAUGAUGAUGCUGACAACCUCUGCACCUUCAGUGGCUUCCUGCUCUUCUCUCUCUGAACUAGAGCAUGAUACGGGAGUGGAUUUUCACUCCCGUCCCAUCCCGGUCCCAAAAAAAAAAAUCCCAUCCCGUCCCAUCCCGGACUGGAGUAAAAGAAACAAAUCCCAUCCCGUCCACUCCUGAAAAGAAUGUUUCCCAAUCCUGCCCACUCCCACUCAAAAUCAACCCCACUUCCGUUUUAUAGGCUUUUUUAAUGAAAAAAAAAGCGAGCAUUCCCGCUCUCAUUCAUUUUUAUUACCGUUCCUGCCCGCUCCCAUUCAUCUUUAUUCCCACUCUUGCCCGCUCCUGUUCAUCUUUAAAAUUUUGACUCCCAUCCCGCGGGAAUCCUGCAGGACACGCGGGACCCACGGGAAUUCCUGAAAAAUGUCAUCCUCUACUCCAGUGGUUCUUAACCUUUUUUUCUGAACGCACGCACUUAGCUGUUCCCAAGACUAGCCGCGCACCCCCAUCCCAAAUGUCUACACGUGUAUACGCACCAAAUUCUUUCAAGAGACAUUAGUGAAGACAUUAAUGAAUACUUUAAUGAAAACAUGUUUAAAUUUGGUCUUAAUUUGGCCUAAUUAUAAAGUUUGGAAGCAGAAUUUUGGUCACAACCUCAACACAUACAAAAUUCCGUGCACCCCCUGAAAUCUCUGGGGCACCCCCUGGGGGUGCCCGCAUCCCAGGUUAAGAACUAAAAAUGUCAUCCUCUACUCCAGGGGUCAGGAACCUAUGGCUCUAGAGCCACAUGUGGCUCUUUUGGGAACUGUAUAUGGCUCUUACUUAUCCAGGGAUGGUUGCCAACCAUCCCUUGAAAUAUGGAAUCGUCCAGUAUUCAUAAAUAAAAGUGUGGGUUCCAUAUUGAGUUGAAACGGGACAAGGGAGGUUAAAAAGUGUUAAAAUGCAGGAAAUUACAUAAAAAGAAAAUACAAAAUUCUCCCAGACCUUCACCAUAAUGAAGUUGACAGUGGGCAACCCUUUACUUUUACUCACCUGUUAUCAAUAAAAGCAAUAACUUGACAGUACACUCUAAAAUUGUUGGGCUUAAUUGAAAUACAUGCUUUUGAUUUAGUGUUUUUAAAAUGGUAUGGCUCUCAUGAAAAUUUCCUUUAAAAAAAAUGUGGCGUUCAUGGCUCUCUCCACCAACAAGGUUCCUGACCACUCCUCUACUCUGAACGCCAAAAGAUCACCAUGUCGACUCACCAUUCAUUUUGGAGAUUAUUUGAUAGAGAAAUGAUCACAAUCAUCCUCAUUUGAUGGAGAAAUGAUCACAAUCAUCCUCAUUUGAUAGAGAAAUGAUCACAAUCAUCUUCAUUUUGGAGAUUAUUUGAUCACAAUCAUCCUCAUUUGAUAGAGAAAUGAUCACAAUCAUCCUGAUUUGAUAGAGAAAUGAUCACAAUCAUCUUCAUUUGAUAGAGAAAUGAUCACAAUCAUCCUCAUUUUGGAGAUCAUUUGAUAGAGAAAUGAUCAAAAUCAUCCUCAUUUGUUUGAAAAAAUGAUAAAUGUGCAUCCUUCAUCCUUGUCAUGAUCAAAUAAAUCUCUUUA